GUUAUUCAUACGCGCUAAGUUAUUGUCAACGAUAGGGCUACAGUGUGCGAUUUUUUCUGACAGUGGGCUAGUAUAGCUUUGAUAUAAUAGGCUAUCUUGUUGGAUGAGAUGCCAUAAAAUCGACUCCCUUUCAGUUGUGCGCACAGUGGUCAUAACUGAUCUGAAGCUAGUUGUUCGGUGAAGUAGGCGACUUGAUUCCUGCUAUGACAAACUUUGAUCACAAGCAAUAAAUAGCCUACAUCUCGUGGUCGCUGACAUUCUAUGGAAAAUGUAUGUAUACAGUGCGGUAUGAGUGAAGCGAAGUAGGCAACUAGGCUACAAGAACAUAUUGUAACUUUUACAGAAGUCCAAAGUCGCUUCUAGGCUACAACUAUGGGUUCCAUUUUUUAUCUGAGCGCUGCUGUAAGACUCUAUUUGCUGUCUUGUUUCGUUGUAUCUGUGGACUUCACUUUAGGCUUGGGACAAAGCCAAGAUACUGAAUUCACUUUUCUACUCCCUGCCGGCAGAACGGAAUGUUUCUACCAAACAGCUGCGAAGAACGGAAGCCUGGAAGUAGAAUACCAGGUAGCAGGCUUGGACAAUUUAGUUUUCUGUGGUAUUGAAAACACAGCUGACAUUCUCUGUGUCAUUCUCUCUCUGUGUGUUUGUUUGGUGAAAUUGACAGUGCCUCUAUUAUAACAGUGUUAUAAGUUGUAUUAGUCAGUCAGUUACUGGAUGCUUUAUUGUUACAGCCAAAGGACUUUGCUCAGAUGCAAAUAAUAAGAUAAGGCAUCUUCCUUCCAUACAGGUGGAGCCUAUAAGACAAAGCCAGCUUGCAUAGCUGCUGGCAUCAGCAUGAAGGGCCAAGGCAGGGGAAGUGUUUACAAAGGGAUCCACUGUGUCAGCAUAAGGCCAGAUACUCAAACUAACCUCUGAGCUAUAGUAGCUGUAGUAGGCCUUCUUCUCCUCUUUCCUUCAGACAUGUAAGGAGAAGGAGAGAGCUUACCACCAAAUGUUGGCCUACUUGGUGUGUUAGUUAGUAGUCAUGCACUUUGCUGCAAAAUGCAUAUUAAUUAUGAAGAUUGUUACAAUUUAUAUAUAGCAUUUUAGUCAUUUAGCAGACACGGUUGAAGAGUUAGUCAGUUGACUAGUAUAAAAGGGUAAACCACUACAGGUUAAGCCCUUCAUAGAUUAAAGUUGAAGUGAUGCGCAUCAUGCUACCGUAUCAAUGCCUACUCUAUGAAACCCCAAUCCUCUGGCAGACACAUGACUGUGGUAGGAUGUCAUGUUCCUCGCCACCCAACCCGCCAAGCCGUGACACAUUUCUGUGGACUUUGUGUGUGUGUGUAGUCUGUGUGGAGCCUGGCAGGCUUACUGUGGUAUCCACACAGCAACAGCUGAGACACACAGGGCUGAGAGAGACGACAGCUUGAGAGAGCAAGCUGAAGGACUGUGGGGAUUGAGCCGUUUUAUACAGCAGUCUGUGGUGUGUGUCUGUCUGCCUGACUGUCUCUGCCUGUCUGUCUGUCCGUCUGUUACCCUCUCUCAACCAAGACCAUGACACCACACUGGCAAUGGUAGUGACUCAUGCCUAAGGCCUAGUUUAUAUGGCCCAACAUGCUGUGUUUCCCUCCUUAUGUUUCUGCUGCCUGAGAGUGGAGUUACUUUGACAUAAACAGACAGGUGCUGGGGAGUGGGUAUACUGAACAGACAGGUGCUGGGGAGUGGGUAUACUGGCUAGCCUCUCCUUGCUGUUGGAUUGUAACUGCAGGUUGGUCCUGGUGGUUCUAUUUUAGCUAAUAUCUACUGUGCUGUAGAGUUUGAAUAUGGCAAUCAGAGACUGAUAAUGAACCAUGAGCUGUGCAAACACUUGGACAAAUAAUAUAUACAUUGUUGUAGUGUAGUGUUGUACACCGUAUACCCACUUAUUUUUCAGUGGGCAUUGCAUAUACUCACUUCUUAAUCCCCACAAUGCAUAUCAAAGUAAUGUAGUGGAGGUAUACGCCAUAUCAAUUAGUAGGGCUGAUGGAACAGAUCACAAUGUUUAGCUUAAAACAAUUAUUUCUUGAUAAUUUAGGAGGUAGGCCUACGCACAAUGGUUCCAAAAUGAAAUUUGAGGGAGAACACUGUUCUAAAAUACAUGCGAGCGGUUUCAUGGACAGAGAUGGAAAUAUCUGUUAGAAAUGUAGAAAGAAGGGGGAUUUAAAGAUGCAACAACUAUCAUGGGUUGCUAAUAUGACUAGGAUAAUGCCUUUGGUUGCUAGACAAUGAAAGAAGGUUGACCGAAAACCAAUAGAACAGGAGAAUGCAUAUGAGGGGGUCUUUAUAAAAUAAUUGCCUCCACGUUUCUAUGGUGGGAUUUUGUCUUAAAGCUACUUUAAAGCAAGGUAAGACAUGCCUCAUAUGAAGUAAAACGUCCAGGUUUCAAACAAUUAAGGAUCAUGAAAAAUGUAGCGAUGCAUAGUUGGAAAGGCUUUCCCAAAAUCCUUAUCAAUUAAAUGUUAACUAGCUACAAAGUAGCCUAUGCUUACCUGGCAGAAUGAUAUCGUGAUUAUUUGCAUCAAUCCAAUGGUCAUUUGUUUUGCAAACUCCAUAUCAUGUGCUACAGAAACACAGCUAACCAAACAACAGUGCUAGGUGCCUGUGCACUUGAAUUAAAGGGUAACUAAAUUUUCCCCAGACCUCAAAAGUGGUAUCCUGAUGUCGUUUAAGCAUUGUUAUGGACUUAGAACAUCACAUUUAGUUGUUUGUCUAUUAAGUGUGACUUUCAGAGCAAAAAACUGAAGAAAAUUGAAACAAAUUCUGACUCCGUUGACAGCCUAAUUUAUCUGUUUCAAUAGUAGGGCCUAUUAGUUUACUUGCAUAGUACAGCUUGGGUUGGCCUGACUGUGAAAGACCAAUAUGGGAUUUAUCAUUUUAGGUCGUUCAGAGUGUAUGUCACUGUAUCUCAUAGAAUGUUUUACAGAGGGCGCCUUUCUGUCGCCGGGCGGGCCGUUUUAGAAAUGUUGGGCAAUAUUUUAGUAUACCCACUUCUCCAGGCACCACUACAACACUGACUCUACCACCACUACAGUGUUAUUGUGUCUACAGUAUGUAUGGACGUGGAGAUGUGUGUGUAGACUUGGUGGCGUUCAGUCUGUCUAUGGUGUAAGUCAGUCUAUGGUGUCAGUCUGUCUAUGGUGUCAGUCUGUAAAACUGGAUAUUCUCAUAGGAACACUUUGAGUUAGAUUAUAAUAUAAUUUCAACCAUUCCCUCCUAUUCCAGGUGAUUGCAGGUGCAGGCCUGGAUGUAGGCUUCACUCUGAUCUCCCCUAGCGGAUACAAGCUGGCCUCUGAGUUCAGGACAUCUGACGGCAUCCACACGUGAGUGGGCAAAACUUACUAACACAACCCUGACCUCCUCUAACCUCUCUGGAGUGGUAUGAAGGUCUCACCAUGCUCGAGGAUGUAUGAUUCAAAGUCUGUGUAUUUUUUGUAAGGUGAUGCCAAAGACACCUUUCCAUCCUCUGGCUUACGGACAGUAAAGUUCUACACUAUUCUCUAUGACAGUUUGAAUACUGUCUGACUUGCUCUGACCCUCUCUGACGUCAUGUUUUUCUUCCUCAUUGGUCUGUCUCCCAGGGUGGAGCCUACAGAGGAUGGAGACUACCGGCUGUGUUUUGACAACAGCUUCAGUAAGCUGUCUGAGAAGAUGGUGUUCUUUGAGGUGAUCGUUGAGGGCCAGACUGGGGACGCCUGGGGGGACGAAGAGUGGGCUGACAUGGCCGAGCCGGAGAGCAUGGUGGAGUACAAACUGGAAGACAUCAGGGUGAGAAGGAAAGGAGGAAUACUCUAACUCUCAGCCACUGGGACUGGUGUCUUUCUAUCACUCUGUUUUUACACAUCCCUUUUUUUGUCUCUUUUCAUCCUUUUCGUCUGUCCUGUCUCACGUUUUUCCUCUCUUUCCUGCUGUCAAUGUUCUAUCUGUAUUGUAAAGAUGUAGAUGUUUUUAUCACUGGUGUGUAACACCAACAAAAAUUCCUAGGAACCAUUUGUUGCACAGCAAUACAUUCCUGUCUCCCACCUUACCCACUGUCUCUCUCCCUGCCUCUCCCUGUAGGAGACCAUGGACUCAGUACACAGGCACCUGGAGCGGAGCCGUCAAGUUCAGACCAUGCUGAGGGCCUUCGAGGCCCGGGACCGCUACCUACUGGAGGACAACCUGUGGAGGGUCUCCUUCUGGUCCUCCAUGAGCCUCCUGGUCAUCCUGACCGUGGCCGUCACACAGGUCUACACCCUCCGACGCCUCUUCGACGACAAGAAGAGGGUCUGCAAACCCUAGUGUCCAGUGUCAUCUUCCACCACCCCCACACCCUUCCCAGUGGUAUCUUCCACCAUCCCCACACCAUUCCCAGUGGUAUCUUCCAGCAGAC